AUGGAUUCUCUGGAACAAAUAGCUUCCGGUGGGGCCAAGCUGGAGAGCCAGGACAGUUUGGACUCGGAUUCACGCGACGGAGGGUUCUACAAGACGCUACAGGAGGAAAAUGGCCGUCUGCGGAGCCAGAUUGACCAAUUGGAGAGCGAUAAAAUAACACUGAACGACGAGCUGCUGGAGUUACGACGACUUGUGGCCUCGCAGAAGGCUCGUAUUGUCCAUUUGGAAACCCUGACACGGGACUAUGGCGACAAACGUGAUAGCGCAAUUAACCCGUGGGACUCGCCUGUGAAGCAACAGGAGGUCCUGGACAAGGUGAUCAAUCCGCUGGACGAGGCUGACAUCGAUGUUCCCGAGCGCAGCGAGCGCCGCGUCACGAUGCGCGACCCGCCUGUUCGCAGCACUGCCGCCGAAGAGCUUCUCAAGGACAUGACGCUGGGCUCUUCUCCGCGCAAAGGCUCUCCCAGAAGACAGAAGCUGGCGGUGUCGGAGACGCACACGCCUGUUGUGGACGAGUUUGUUUUCAGCAACAGCGGCAGCAGCAGCAACUCCUUAAAACGGCCUGCGUAUGAGCUGUUGGGCACUCCGAAGAGAGAAGAAAAGGAGGAGGAAUUGGGACACAAGGUGGAACCUAAAACGAAAGCAGUGGUGCCAAUGGCGGAAAAACCACAGCUGAAGCACGAAACAAGGCCAGACCUAAGGCCAGAGAUAAAGCCAGAGCCAAUUGCGCCGCAGCAGGUUGCACAGACGCCGGAAAGAGAUGCAUUGGCCAGCGUUCUGUCGCCUGCUCGGAACCAAUUCUCCCCAAUGAAAGAUUUCUCUCCGUUGAAAGACUUUGCUUCCAUAUCCACGGUCUCGCCACUACGGUCGCUCAACCUGUCGCCGGACCGCCGGUCCAUUUUGAAAACUCCGUCGCCGAAAAGAGCACCGAACCCGACUUUCUCUCAUCAGCAGCAGCCGUCCGAUUCUUCUCAAUACGAUUAUAUUUCUUCCUCGUUCGACUCCACGGUGAUCACCGUGGAGUCUUGUGUUGACCCAGAGGCCGUUCUAGAAAAACGAGAGGACUUCCUGGUGUCGUUCAUGGUGAACUCCAACGAAAGACCAGGCGAGCUGGUCCCGUUGUACCUCGUUCGCCAGCCAUACUCCAAGCUCCUGACUCUGGACCACGAUCUCCGCUAUUUUGGCCUUACACAUCUGCCGAUGCUACCAGACAAGUCCGCGUUCCUCAAGAUCGACCCUCUGGUCUGGGACACACAGAAAUCCAUCGUCAAAAUGUACGUUUCGGAGCUGUGCCGCGUGAUGCGCACCCAGCGCGGGUCCAACGUGUGGAAGUUGUUCCGGGGCUUUUUCACGCCCGACGAGGCACACGACAUGUCGAAACGCGAGGCCACCGUCGUGGAAGUCGGCUCCAAGAACCUCAAAAAGGUUUUCCGUCUCGCCAUUUUAAGUCUCGACUCCAUCGAGCACUAUUUGAGCAUCACCGACUUUGCUACCAAAUCUGCAGACACGCUGCACGUGAACGACGUGUUGGUGUCGCGCGAAAACCAAAUCCUCACCAUUUCGCGCAAAAAACGCAAGUCUCUGCGUUCCGUGAAGCAUCACGUGCUCUACUGCGAGUCCGUGCCAGACGCAGAGGACUGGUGUCGCGCCAUUGCCGAGUACCAGUCGUACGAGGGCGACCAGGUUUCCGUUGCGUCGUCGCCGUCCAACUUGACAGCCGUGGACUACCCUGCCUCCGUGGCGUCCACGCCAACACAGCACGAGCCCGUGCUACCGUCGCCAGCAGUUUCUGAAAAUAAAUGGUUCAACCUCAAACGCUCGCGCGAGUCCACAAUCCCGCCCGCUAACGUCUCGUCCGACGUGCUCGAGUUCAAAGCCAUGCCCUAUUCCGGAACUAUGGUCUCGCUUGGAGCCGUACAGACCCCGUCGUUGCCGCCAACCGACGCUUCGUUCCAGAAAUUCGAGCCGGUCUCCAAGUACUUUGGCUCCACGUUGCAGGAGUCCUUUGACAGAGCUCCAGAUUUCAAAAUAUACGGAAGACCGGUUCCUUCUGUCGUCUACCGCUCGCUGUCUUAUCUCGAGGAGAAAAAUGCGGUGUACAGCGAGGGUAUUUUCCGUCUGAACGGAAUGAUGUCGGAAGUCAACAAGAUCCAGGAGAUCUUCAACGAGAAGAACGAUUGCGACUUCUCAACGCUGUCGACGCCUCCUGAUGUGCACUCAAUUGCAACCCUCUUCAAAAGAUACCUGCGAACACUGAAAGUGACGGUGAUCCCAGAAGAAGAGGCCAAGGAGCUUAUGUCACUCACACUGGCGGCAGACCACGGGGCUUCCGUGCCAAAGGUGAAGGAAACACUGCAAAAAUUGCCAACUUUGAACUUCGACGUCCUAUACGUGCUAUUCAGAUACUUCCAGCAGGUGCUCAAACACAAAGAGCUCAACAAGAUGAGUAUUGGCGCGCUGAGCGUGUUGAUGGCUCCUAACCUCACUCCUUUUGACGGCGCCAAGGAGAUUUGCUCGGAACUGCUAACUAAUUACAAGUACUACUUCGAGGACGGCGAAAUGGUGGUGCGCUAG